GUCCAACUCCAAAUAGGCCGCCAUUACAAGUCCAUUAGGGUUUAUCAGCCCACCCACUCUCUCCCCUCUCUCCCCUCACUCUCUCUCCCACAUCUUCUGUUUCGUAAAACCCUUAACCCCUGGGGUUCACGGCGGCGGAUUCUCACGCCGCGUCGCCAAGAUGUAUGAAAUGGAUAUAUCUAUUAAUCAAAGUGCUUUCCCUGAUUCAGAUUCCAAGCCGAAUAAACGAAGGCGGAAAAAGUCCAUGGUUUGGGAUCACUUCACGAUUGAAACCAUUAAUCCUGAUUGUGUCAGGGCAUUUUGUAACCAGUGCAAAAAGUCGUUUGCUUAUAUAUCAGGGGCAAAACUAGCUGGAACCAGUCAUCUAAAACGUCAUAUUUCUUUGGGGAUCUGCCCUGUUGGCCGUAGUAAGCAGGUGAAAGAUCAAAUGAUUCCCCAUGUACCGCCCCCUGUGAAUGGCACUAACAUACCAAGAAAACGUUGCCGUGCUUCAAAUGGAGUCACAAGCAGUUAUUUUGAUGGUGAUAGCUGCAGCUACGACCUUGCAAAAAUGAUAAUUCAGCAUGAUUAUCCUCUUGGUUUGGUUGAACAAUCUGGUUUUGUAGAUUUUACAAAGAGUCUCCAGCCUCAGUUUAAUAUUCCUAGUGUUAGUCUAUUGGAAGAGCAAAUUAUGGGCAUAUACUUGAGAGAGAAGCAAAGGCUUAUGGACUUUCUUAGUGGAAUUCCAGGACGUCUAAACCUUACAUUAGACUUGCGUACUUCAAAUCAGAGCUUUGCUUAUGUAUUGCUAACAGGUCACUUUACCGAUCAUGACUGGAAGUUGCAAAGAAGGAUCUUCAAUGUUACUGUUGCACAGUUUCCUGAUUCUGAAACAGCCUUCACGCGUGCUAUUGCUGCUUGCUUAGGUGAUUGGGGCAUUGAGGACAAGUUAUUUACUAUCACUCUCGACCUCAGUCAUGCUACUCAAAGUGCCAGAGAAAAUAUUAGAAAUCUGCUACCGGUCAAGAACUCCAUUAUUCUCAAAGGUCAGCUGUUGAUUAAUAGCUGUUAUGCAUGUAUGAUGAGGAGUCUGGCUCAGGAUUCUAUAUGUUCCGUGAGGCAAACCAUCCAGAAAGUACGGCAGAGUGUGAAGUAUGUGAAAACCUCGGAUGCUAAUGAAGAAAGAUUUAACAAACUGAAACAACAGCUUCAAGUUCCCAGCACAAAGAGCUUGACGCUUGAUGAUUUGACGCAAUGGAAUACCACCUACCAAAUGUUGGUGGCUGCUUCUGAAAUGAAGGAAGUAUUUUAUUGUUUGGAUACUUAUGAUCCAGAUUACAAGUUGACUGUGACCAUGGAUGAAUGGGGACAGGUGGAAACUCUAUGCUCAUACUUGAAAAUAUUUUAUGAGGCAGCCAACAUACUAACAUCACCUGUUUAUCCAACAACGAACUCAUUCUUCGAUGUUGUGUGGAAAAUUUAUUUUGAACUAUUGCAUGCUGCUGUGAGCCAGGAUUUUUUUGUAAGCAUGCUAACAAGACCACUGCUGGAUAAGUUCACCAAAUUCUGGGAAGAUUGUAACCUGGUUCUUGCAAUUGCCGUAGUGAUGGAUCCAAGGUUCAAGAUGAAGUUUGUGGAAUUUAGCUUCUCGAGGAUAUAUGGUGAUGAUGCCGAGGUUUGGGUUAAGAUUGUUGAUCAGGGUCUGCAUGAUCUGUAUCUGGAUUAUGUGAUGCUGUCCCUUCCUGCACCCAUCAUAGAAGCAGACAAUGAGGAUCUGGUGAAAACAGAAGAGGUAUCUCCAGAGGAUGGCAUUCUCUCCGAUGAUGGUGGAUUCUCAGAUUUUGAUGUAGAUAUCUCGGAUAUCAUGGGCGAAACACAUGUCAAGUCUGAGAUAGACCAAUAUCUUGAAGAAUCUGUUUUGCCCCGUGUGCAAGAUUUUGAUGUAUUAGGUUGGUGGAGGGUAAAUAGGUUAAGGUAUCCCACUCUGUCCAAGCUGGCUUCCGACGUGCUAUCAAUUCCGCUCUCGACCAUCCCUCCAGAAUCGGUGUUCGAUUCAGGUGAGAGGAAGAUGGAUAGCUACUUGAGUUCAUUGAGACCUAAAACCCUUCAGGCCCUCAUGUGUGCGAAAGAUUGGCUUCAGCAUACAACAUCUAAUGAGGUAUUUCCAUCUGAAACAUCACCAGAACUGGCUUUUGUUAAAACAGAAUUAUGAUGCUUUUCAAUGCACACUGAUUUUUUGUAGAGGUAUAUUAUUUUUGAUAGGCUAUAGGCUAAUAUUCUUUGUUCAUUAUAAUAUAUAAAUAAGAAUAUUUUUCCCUUUA